AUGGUACUUGCGUUAUGCUCUAUUGGCAUCACGCUGAUGUGGCUGUUUCCUACCGCUCAACUCACCAAUCGACAGUUCCACGUGUGGCUUCAUAGGAAUCAGUACUUCAGCAAUUUCACCGUCGUGGAUCAAUUGGAGGCCUACUGCAGUAACUUGUCAGCGGUCGACGAUCUUCGUAUUUUUUUCACCGUAACCGCGGCUUUUGCAGUCGCCUUGAUUCUGAUGCAAACCCGUCGAUCCGAGCUGAUCUCUAGAUACGACUUUAUCUGGAAACUCCAGGCACUCGAUGAGCAACUUGAAAUGAAGCGACGACACGGUCAGAAUAGAUGUGUGCUGGAAAAUAUUCUCCCGAGUCACGUGGCCAAGCAUUUUCUUGAAGAUAAAGUCAGUAGCAAGUCGAAGGAUCUUUAUCACGAGGCGAGGGACUACGCCUGCAUCGUCUUUAUCACUAUCACUGACUUCAGUCGUUUCUACAUGGAGUUGGACGCAAACAACGAAGGGGUCGAAUGCUUACGACUCCUAAAUGAGAUCAUCUCGGACUUUGAUGAGGUUACCACCUAA